CGGUUCAUGUUCUUGUUUCCCCUUCCAAAACCUCCUCAAAACCCCAGGCUCUAGUCUCUCACUACUACACAGACCAAAGAAGAGAAAGCUUGAGGAGCAAAGAUGGUGGCCAGGUCUAACGCGACGCCGGAUUUGGAGCCGCUGCGCGAGCUAUUCAGACACCAUAUAGAAUCAUUUGAUUAUAUGGCGGAUAAAGGACUCGAAAUCCUCUUUGAAAGCGUCAAGGCAGUACAAGUUGACGAUCCUUUUACCAACAAGAAGCUCAGAAUCUGGUUGGCCGAACCUAAGUUGUCGAAGCCAGAUAAGGAGCUGUUAUCGAACAAUAUGGAUUACAAACCAUUCCCUUACAAAUUCAGGCAGGCUAAGAUUUCGUACACCGGGAGUUUGACGGCGAAGGUUUAUUUUCAGUUGAAUGAUGGACCUCCCAUUGGAAUAAAUUUCAAAUUUGGGCAGUUUCCGAUAAUGGUGAAGUCAAAACUUUGUUAUUUGAGAGAUGCUGAACCCCAAGAUCUAAUUUCCUGCAAAGAAGAGUCAUCAGAAAUGGGUGGUUACUUCAUAUUGAAUGGGCUUGAGAGAGUUGUUCGACUUCUUAUAUUGCCAAAGCGGAAUUAUCCAAUGAGUUUGGUGCGGAAUUCUUUUAGUGAUCGACGAGAAGGAUAUACUGAUAAAGCAGUUGUCAUAAGGUGUGAAAGAAAAGAUCAGUCUUCUGUAACAGUCAAAUUGUAUUACCUUCAUAAUGGAAGUGCAAGGCUUGGAUUUUGGAUACAGGGGAGGGAGUACUUGCUUCCUGUGGGCAUUGUGCUAAAGGCCCUUAUUGAGGUGAAUGAUCGUGAAAUUUUUGAGAGAUUGACGUGCUGCUGUAGUGAGAGAGAUGAGAGAGAAAAGGGUGCUGUUGCCACUCAGCUUGUGCGUGAAAGGGCAAAAAUUAUUCUUGAUGAAGUUCGAGAUCUGUCUCUUGUAACUCAUCUUCAAUGUCUAAAGCAUAUUGGAGAACAUUUCCAACCUGUUAUGGAUGGGAUGGAGAAUGAAAGUUAUUCUGUUGUUGCUAAUGAUGUUCUUAAGGAGUACAUAUUUGUUCACCUUGAUAACAAUUACAAAAAGUUCGAUCUACUCAUCUUUAUGCUGCAGAAACUUUUCUCGCUUGUAGAUCAGACGUCUGUGCCAGACAACCCAGAUUCCUUGCAAAAUCAAGAAGUCUUACUCCCUGGUCACUUGAUUACCAUUUAUCUCAAGGAAAAACUAGAAGAUUGGCUACGUAAGGGAAAAAGGCUUCUUCAAGAUGAGAUCAAUAACGAGAGUAAAUAUUUUGAUCUUGGCAAUGUAGAACAUGUCAAGAAGGUUUUGGAUAAAAAUCCUGCGAAGCAAAUUAGUUCUGCUGUUGAGAACAUGUUAAAAACUGGAAGACUGGCUACACGAUCAGGUCUAGAUUUGCAGCAGAGAGCAGGAUUUACGGUUCAGGCAGAGAGGCUUAAUUUCUUACGUUUUCUUUCGCACUUUCGUGCUGUUCAUCGAGGGGCUUCAUUUGCUGGACUUCGAACCACAGCUGUGCGGAAGUUGUUACCUGAAUCUUGGGGUUUUCUUUGCCCUGUGCACACACCUGAUGGGGAGCCAUGUGGUUUGUUGAAUCAUAUGACUAAAAAUUGCCGAAUUACAUCAUAUUUUGAUUCUCAAGAAGAUAUUAGAGAUUUUGAAAAAAUAAGAAAUAAUGUUGUCGAUUUUUUGACAAAUUUUGGAGUGACACCUCUAUGGCCAUACCUAGAUAAACGUGGUACUCCUGCAGUUCUUUCUGUCCUUCUAGAUGGUCAUGUUGUUGGCUUUGUACCUUCUAGUGAAGUUGAGAAUGUUGUGGCUGAGUUACGGCGAUUUAAAUUAUCUGCUACUUCAAAGAUUCCUGGUGAUCUGGAAGUGGGAUAUGUUCCUUUGAGUUUUGGUGGAGCAUAUCCUGGUUUGUACCUCUUCACCUCUCCUGGUAGAUUUGUUCGGCCAGUUAGAAAUAUUUCAAUACAUAGUGAGAAAAGUCAGAAUAUUGAACUUAUUGGGCCAUUUGAACAGGUGUUUAUGGAAAUAAGCUGUCCUGAUGGUGAAGAUGGUGGCAGAAAAAAUGCUUCUCCUGCAACUCAUGAAGAAAUCCAUCCAACCGGAAUGCUCAGUGUGGUUGCAAAUCUUACUCCUUGGUCAGAACAUAAUCAGAGCCCACGCAAUAUGUACCAGUGUCAAAUGGCAAAACAAACAAUGGCUUUCUCUUCACAAGCAAUUAAAUUUCGUGCGGAUCAAAAGUUGUACCAUCUUCAGACUCCCCAAAGUCCUAUUGUACGGACAAGUGCUUAUACAAGUUAUGGCAUUGAUGAAUAUCCAACAGGCACGAAUGCAAUAGUUGCAGUGCUAGCAUAUACAGGAUAUGACAUGGAGGACGCCAUGAUCCUUAAUAAAUCAUCUGUGGAGCGUGGAAUGUUCCAUGGGCAAAUAUACCAGACGGAAACUAUAGAUUUGUCUAAUAAGAGCAACAGGUCAGAACGUUCCAAUAGAAUUUUCAGAAGAAGUAAUGUCGAUAAAUCGAUGCAUUCCUUAAUUGAUUCUGAUGGUCUUCCAUAUGUUGGUCAGAUGAUUCGACCAAAUGAACCCUAUUGCUGCAUUUAUGAUGAGGUAACAAGUUCCAUAAAACCCAAUAAACGAAAGGGUUCGGAACCUGUAAUCGUUGACUAUGUCGCUGUUGAUGGGAAAAAUAAGAAUCGUCUUCAAAAGGUGAAUAUCCGAUUUCGUCAUCCUAGAAACCCUGUCAUUGGUGAUAAAUUUAGCAGUAGACAUGGUCAGAAAGGUGUUUGCUCCCAAUUGUGGCCAGAUAUUGAUAUGCCAUUUUCUGGAGUUUCUGGGAUGCGUCCAGAUCUGAUUAUCAACCCCCAUGCAUUUCCAUCAAGGAUGACUAUUGCAAUGCUUUUGGAGUCUAUUGCUGCUAAGGGAGGUAGCUUAAAUGGAAAAUUUGUAGAUGCAACACCAUUUGCUAGUUCAGUCAAGAAAACAGAAGGAGAGACAGGAUCAAAACCCAUUUUACUUGUUGAGGAACUUGGUGAAAUGUUAAAGGAAAAAGGGUUCAAUUACCAUGGUGUUGAAGUACUGUACAGUGGGGUUUAUGGAACUGAGCUCACAUGCGAGAUAUUUAUCGGGCCUGUUUAUUAUCAGAGACUUCGGCACAUGGUUUCAGACAAAUUUCAGGUUCGCUCUACUGGAACUGUUGAUCAGAUCACUGGGCAACCUAUCAAAGGACGAAAGCUUGGUGGGGGGAUUCGUUUUGGAGAAAUGGAACGAGACUCCUUGCUUGCACACGGGGCAGCAUAUUUGUUGCAUGACAGGCUCCAUACAUGCUCUGAUUAUCACAUUGCUGAUGUAUGUUCUGUAUGUAAAAGCAUCCUGACAACGCUCCCACUCCCACAACGAAGGCGAGCUACAAGGGAGAUUCGCGGGCUAUCCCUUAUUAGGGCACCGAAAAAGGUCACUUGUCUUGCUUGCCAAACAAGUCGGGGGAUGGAGAAAGUUCCAAUGCCCUAUGUGUUGCGAUAUUUAGCUGCAGAGUUGGCAGCUAUGAACAUCAAAAUGACAUUCCAGCUAAAUAAUGAGUUCAAAUAGUAUAGGUCUUAAGUCCAGAAUUUGUAGGAAUCAUGCCUCGCAGACUAUCAGCAUCAAGUGGCAGCCUUCUAACUUGUGCAGACAUAGGGGAUUCCUCCAGUUAUACUUCCUUUUUGUGUUAGUUUUUUGAAGAUUGGAUUGGGUUAGCAAAAAUGAAAAGGUACCUGAGAAGAAUUUUUGUAGCAUUAAGUACUUUGUACUGAUAGAAGAGUGAGGUUCUAUAGUAUGCUUGUAAAUAUUACUAUGCCCUUAAAACUGUUUCUCUGCAUAACAGAAUGCUAAUUUUUGAUUCUCAAAUUAUAUGGGCAUAUAUUAGUUGUUA